AUGUCGACCACGAUCUCGUCGCGUGGCCCGCCGCCAGGCGCACCCCCAGGCAAGGCUGCGGCCGUGCCGCCCAACCAGACUCUCUAUGUGCACAACCUGCCGUCGGCCAAGAUAAAAAAGGACGACCUGCGAACCGCGCUGUACCUGCUCUUCUCUACGUACGGCACCGUGCUUGAUGUUGUGGCGCUCCGGACAAUGAAGAUGCGCGGGCAGGCACAUGUUGUCUUUCGGGACGUGCAGGCGGCAACACAGGCCAUGCGGUCGCUCGAGGGGUUUGUCUUUUUCGGUCAUGAUUUGAAAAUCUCCUAUGCCAAGUCGAAAUCCAAUGUCGUGGCACGGCUCGACGGCACCUUCCAGCUGCCCUCGGCAGCGCAGACCGUCGAGGUCACCGACCUUCAGCAGAGCAUCUUCAACGCGCCUGCACCAGGCGCAGCGACGACGUCCACACCAGCAGCGGCACCGGCAGCAGCAAACGGCUCUGCACAGACAGGAGAGGCUGCGCCAGCAGCAGCGUCUGGGGCUGAAGCGGCACGUGGCCAGAAGCGGACACGCGACGAGGAGGAAGAGGAAGAGGAGUCGGAAGACAGCGAUGUGGCCAUGGAGGAAGACAGCGACGACGAAUAA